AUGUAUAAUACUUUUCAUCUAAUAUUAGUUAGUUUUUUUUUUAUAAAAUUGAUAUCUUGUGAAGAUAACAUAAAGAUAAAUAAUAAUGAUAAUCAGAAUAAUUUAAAAAGUACUACAUUUGAAGAUAACAUAUCUGUUCAAAUUAUAACAUCAACUAUUUCUACAACUGAUAUAAACAUUGAAACAACUAUAGAUCCAGUUAAAACAUUAUUUUUUCUUGAAACAACCUAUAAUACAAGUCAUAAUUUUUCAAUAGAUAAUGAUGAUACAAAUUUAACAACAUAUAGUAUUCCUUUAAAUGAUACUAUGAUAAAUGAUAAUGAAUAUCUAAAUAAUGAUAUACCUCAAUUUUUGGUACUUGCAACAGAUGAAGGAAGAAAAAUAUAUUAUGAGAUUCAACAAAAUUUAAAUAUGAAAAAGUACAAUAUUGAUAAGGUAACUAGAGCAUGGGCUCAAGAACAGGGUGAAACUAUUAAUAAUUUAUAUAAUGAAUAUUUAUUAAAAAAUAUUAAUGAGAAAAUUUCUCAUAUGAAUUAUAUAAACACAAUUAUUACACAGUUACCAGAUGAAGCCAAAGACAUUCACAAAAAAAUUGAAGACAUACUUGAUAAUAACAAUAUAACAAAAUUUGAAGAGGAAAAAUUAAUAACAGAUCUUUUGACAUCCGUUAAUCAGACAAUUGUUAAAGAAUUAACAAAACUAAAUUAUAAAAGUUGA